AUGUGGAGAUUCUUCCGUGAUAUACGAGUUCCCAGCAAGCAACAGUUACCGCUAGGAGCAACACCGGGAUUACUGCUGCUCAUCGCAGCGAUACUGUUACUCGAUGCCGGCCGCCAUAAUGUGGCCGUUGCGGUCGACCCUGUCGGCACCGGUGGUCCGUCAAUGGUUCACGAGGGCGACGAUGCCCUGCUAACUUGCGUUGUAAUGACACCGUACAACAAUGACACCGUACUCUGGCGGAAAGGUCCCAACGAGAUCCUGUCGGCGGGCAUGAACCGCGUCACGAGCGACAAACGCAUUAGUAUUCUCCACGAUGACUCUCACAACGGCCGAACCCCGCUCGGUGGAGACGUAUGGGUACUGCUAAUUAAAGACGCCCGUCUAAACGAUACCGAUGUUUACGUGUGCGAAGUGAAUAGCGAUCCUGUGGUGCGAAGUUUCCAUCCGCUGCGAGUUAAGAAACCGAAGAAAGCGGGCACGACUGAAUCAUCAUCAUCCACGUCCGAAUCAAACACUUCCGGCGACAAGACAAAUGCCGAGGAGCUUUCCGACGAGGAUGACGACGCGGAAAUAUCGCCGGACGAGAUAGCGGCGGCGGCGCCCCGUGUCCUGCACGAUUUUACCGGUUGCUGCCAGUCGACCAACGUCAGUGAAGCGUGCCUGGGUUUUUGCGUGUUGCAUAACAUUCUGGAAGGGAACACCGGCGUGGAGCCGGAGCAGUGCGAAAAAGAUUUCCCCAAUAUCGUGAAAUGUAUGGCCGAUGGAAGAAAUCACGUGCCGUGUUGUGUGGAAAAAGGAAUUCCAGAUUUGUGCCAGGAUAUGUGCCGGGGUGAAUACACUCCUUUUACGGAUCUUUUAAAAUCGCGCGUUUCGUGUGUGCAGCACACGCUUCCCGGGCUGCAGUGCAUUCUGGACAAUAUCCAGCGAUUACCCUCCGAACCGCAGUCGGUUGCCGUGGAAGCACUGACCGAACGAUCUCUGCAGGUGAGCUGGUCCGCACCCGAGCGGCUGGCCAAAACAGUCAAGUAUUACCAAAUCAACGCAACGAAGUUGCACUCUUUCGACCAGGAUUUCCUGGCGAAUGCUACCAAAGAUAGUUUAUUAAGUAUUCAAGUGUCGGCGGAUCAAAGCUCGGCCAUCGUCAGUAAUCUGGAUCCGUUCACCAUGUACACGAUUACCGUCAGUGCCCAUAACGAUUUUGGCUCCAGUUUGCCGAGCAUAAGGAUUCGUGCACUCACGCUGGAGAACGGAGGCGGCAGCAAGCAGACGAGUGUGGCCGUUGUGCCCAUUUUGCCAGACGUACGGGGUUGCUGCGUAAAAAAUGGUGUUACUCACCGUACCUGUCUGGAUAAAAUGUGUGAUCCAGUAAAGGCGGAUUUCACCGAAGUACCCGAUCUAAUGGUUUGUGCUCCCUGGGCGAAUAUCACGUUCGGUUGUUUGGCCAACAAAAUUGACCAUACGUCAUGUUGUAAAUCACGUGGAAUCCCUGACAGCUGCCUGGCAUUUUGCUCGGGAACAGUAAAAACCAUCAAUUUCAACUACUUCAAGUGUCUGCAGUACAUGUCCGACUAUAGCAGUUGCCUGCUGCAAGGAUACGGAGUUCUGUCGGGUCCUCCAUCUAAGCUAAAGACACCUUUGAUAGCAUCACAUUUUGUCGUACUAGAAUGGAAACCGCCGAAAAUCCUCCCGGAUACUGUUACGUCAUAUCACUUGCACUACCGAAGGUUAGGAAGUGGAGAAGAAUAUAGCGUCGUUGAGAAAGACCAACCUCCCGUCAUUCUGGAAGACUUGGAAGCUGCCCAGUAUUAUGAGGCAUUCGUAGUAGCAACCAACGCGCAUGGAAAGGGUGGUCCUUCGCCACGUCUGGUCUUCCAGACCAAGAGAGAGAAUGUAGUGGAGCCGAUCAUUCCAACGUAUAACAUUUCUUCCUGCUGUCACGCGUCCGGAUUGCUGCCGCAGUGUGCUCCAUUGUGCAGUUACGACGUAAAAAUGUCCGACCUGCAAAAGCUUGGCAACACUUGCCGUGGUCAGAUCGGAACCAUCGUACGCUGUAGUGCUGGAGGACGGGACCAUUCAGCUUGUUGUGCCCGUCGAGCGGUACCUCCGAAAUGUCAAUCCCUGUGUCGGGGAGUGAUCACACAAUCUCCAACCGACUGUCUACCGUACGCCGGAAACAUCAUUCAAUGUUUUGAGGAGGGAAUUGGGCAUAUUCCGGCCCCAGUUGAAGACCUGCAUGUUACUUCGGUGUCGAAUACAAGCAUUUCACUGGCUUGGGUUCCGUCGGAGGUCGACCCGAAUAACACCGAUACGCAAGCUACGGAUUAUCUUGUCCAGUAUGGUAAGGUGAACAACAUGACCAUGUACGAGACUAUCAUUAAAUUGGAUAAUGAGGUGAAUACAACGGAAACUGAAAUAGAACUUGCGAAUCUUGAACCAAAAGGACUGUACCGAAUAACCGUAAUAGCUAGAGGUCUCCACGGAUCAUCUCUUCCGUCGUCCAUGCUGCUGAUCAAUACGUCACGUACGGACGCCGCCAGCACAGUGUACGGUGCUCCUUCGCCACCUCAUUCUUUGUCGGUUUCCUCACACAGCGCAACCUGGAUCACAGUCGCCUGGCAACCACCGGAGUUCUCUCACCCCCAUGAAACCAUUACUUACCGGGUAAUCCACAAGGUUGCCAACAACUUCACCGUAAUCGACACCCGCCUGCUAUGGGUUAGGAUUUCUAACUUACAACCAAACACCCAGCAUAUCGUGUACGUAGUAGCCCUGGGUUCUAAAGGAACCAGUCUUCCUUCGGAAACACUGGUCGCUUGGACAGAUCCGGCACUACCUGCCUUCGUUGAUCCUCCAACGGUUCAUCCAUCGGAUAUAAUCUCAGAAGGUGGUUCGAUGACAAUACUGUGUUUGGCACUGGGAAAUCCGGCACCAACAAUUUCCCUGUACGUCGGAGGCCAUCUGGUUAGACAGGACACUUCCAGACAUAUGAUUACCGUGAUACACAACGUAACCACCGAUAUGGAGCACAUAUCAUGUUACGCAGACAACGGCUACGGCAUUCCCAUGCAAGCCUCCAAAAAGGUCAAUAUAAGCUUUGCCCCGCGGAUCCAAGCAUCUGGAAUCACCGUAGCGUCGGUUGGUGAAUCUGUUGACCUUAAAUGUACUGUCCGAGCGCGACCCAUUCCAAAGACAAUGUUUUGGCGUGACCACGACGGCCGUGUUCCAGUUAUCCAAGGCGGUAAUUUUGACAUGUCAAUGCGAAACGAUGUAGAUGAUAACUCACUUUAUACGAUGACCUUGACGAUCAGCAAACUAACAGCACAGGAAGUUGGAGACUACUUCUGUCACGCAGAAAAUGCUCUGGGCUCAUCAACACGUGCGGUUUCGGUGCGAAUUCGUAACACCGCAGCCUCCGCUAACAUAUCGGAGUGCUGCGUGGCGCAGAACGUGUCGUCCGCCUGUAUGAGUGCUUGCUCCUUCUACAUCGACAUCGAAAGUGUAAUCGACCGGCCGGAAUGUCUGGUAGACUUCGAUAAACUGAUGAAGUGUGCUGCCGAUGGUUCCGAUCAUCGAGGAUGCUGCGCUUCGAAGGACAUUCCACGACGGUGCCUGAAUUGGUGUCGGGGAGAACCGAUCAACCCACCGGGCAUUUGUGCGUUGCAGCACACCCGAACCAUCGUCGGAUGUUUCCAGGAGAAUCGCGAACGCCUUCCCGGACCUCCACAGAAUCUACAAGUUCAAAUUCUGAACGACGAAGAAGUGAUGAUCAAAUGGGAUCCUCCAGGCAAGAAUCCGCACACCGUCGAAGGGUAUCGGUUGUUCUGGCACGACAUGGAACCGGUGACCGACAAUUUGUCUAACGUAAUCAGUGGUCUGGGAACGAGUCGCCUGGAUGCUAAAGAAACUAGCAUCAAGCUAGAAGGUCUCAAGCCUAACGUUAUGUACGAGUUGGUGAUUAAAGCCGGAAACCACUUCGGGGCUUCCGUUCUUUCGGAACCGCUACGUUUUACUCUCGGUGAUCACCAUAUCACGUCGGCAUCGCAAUCUUCGAAUGCAGGCGUGAUCAGCGGUAUAAUCGGAGGCAUCUUGGCGAUCGUACUCGCCAUUGCAGCGUUGGUGAUUAUGAAAAAGCGGAAAAUCGGUCAGAAACAGGCUAACGGAGGAGUUGCUUUCGAAAAUCCGAGCUAUCUCCGCGAGAUGAACGUGGAACAUGUUCAGAUUCCCGCCGUUUCCGGACAAUCCACCACAGACUGGCGGCAGGAAUCGUUGCACUCGGCCAACGGUACGGCCACGACCGGUUUGGGGCUGGACAGCUCGGUGGUUCCUAUGGCAACGGAGGUCAACCCAUCGCUGUACGAAGAGCUUAAGCUCGGCCACGAUCGAGCUGGAUUCAAAAGACUAGUUUCUUAG